AUGAAAGGAAAAACGGUGAUACCAUUCCGAGGCUGCGAGCACCUCAGUCAGAAAAACAAAAGUGCUUACAAAGGUAUUUGAAGUUAACGGUGGAAAUUUUUUUGGAACCUUCAACAUAUAUUGGGACUUAACAAAUGAUGCGAAUCUGCCCUGGAUUCUUGUUAAAAUGUGGGUAACCUUUUUCCGGACGCUGAACGGGUAAAAACCAAAGAGCUGACGUAAUUUCGCUUGCCGACGGGUUUUUUUGCUGGAAAAAUUUUGUGUAUUAAUGUGUACUAGGAAGGCAACUAAAAUACUGAUUUCAGCUAGACUGCUGAAUUUUUUUUAAGUCAGCUAGAGGUUUCAUUAAACCAGACAAACACGUCGUAGACUAAAGUAUAGUGUUUAUAUAUAAUUUUUCUUCUGAGCUGUUAUCGAUACUUUAUCGCUUUUUAGGCUCAAGAAUUAACUGUUUACAGAUAUGGACGAAUUCUGUGAAGAGAACUGAACAAGAAAGAACUACAGAAUGGAAUAAGUUCAACCAAGUAGAGCUGGAUGACAUUCUUUAUGGAUCCUCAAUCAACCAACAAGGUUCAAUUCAGAAAUGUUUGGAGGGGACAAAGUUGCUAAAAGGUAUAUUAAACUCUGCUGAUACUAGUUUUGUCAAAAUCUUCAAAACGAAAGAGUUAUAGCAAGUUUCGGUCGCAAUUAAGGUUUUUUUCUAGGUUUACUAAAGAAAACAGUCCGGUAAACUUGACAGAUAAACUAUCAGAUGAAGUACAUUAAGUAAACAACAGUCUAACUAUACUGAAGUCCAGAAGGACCAGCUGGGCCGGCUAACAUGCAUGAUUAUGUUAUUAUUGUGUAUCAAGUGGGUGUUACCCUGAAAAUUUGGAGCAAUUUUUUUUAAUGAACGAAUGUCAAGAGAUUUUUUUCAUCUUUCUUACGUCUGUACAAGUCUUAUUUGGUUAUAAUUUUUAAGGCUUAUCAUUGGAGAUGUUUGAUGUAACUGAUUUUGUCAGUACUUCCUUAAUAAACACUUUUUUCGGAUCUUGGGCUUUAAAAAAGCAAAAAACACUAAUUACACACAGGCAAUUAAAACUAAAAACUGAAAUUCGGUCUUUUACAAGUUCAAAGGACCUUAACAGGUGCAAAUGACUGACCAUCAGCGCUUCUUUCUGUAUCAUUAAGCGUCUCUAAAAAUGAUCGGAUUUCUUAGUCCUAUACUACAGGAGUGGAUGAGAGAGCGGAAUAACAUACUGUAUAGAUAUAGCGUCAAAACAACUCAGAAAACAUUUUGAAAGGUGGGAAAACAUUAUUGGUUGAAGGAUCUGCAAAACUAUUUAUACCGCACACUUCUACCACUUACGAGGGAAUGUUUCAGCUUCAUGUAUGGUAUAAAAAAAAACCCCUUUUUACACAGUCGGAAUUUAUUGGUGUACACAAAUGAAGACAUACCCUUAAGCGCCGGGCUGAAUGAUUUGUUAGAUGGCGUAUUGUGAUUUUUAGGGGAACUUGUUAUGACGCUCAAUUAUGUGUUGCUUUUAAUUUUUAUUAUCCUUGACAGAAGCACUGUAUCAGUUAAAACAUCGUUUUAAAAAGCAUUUGAUUUAAUCCACAACCGUAUUCCCGAAGACUUAUUAGGGAAGGCAUGCCCUAACAGUAGUCUUUGUUACGAGGAAUUCAGUUAUUUGUGAUUUUGACCCUUGAAUUCAGUACUGGUGUAGACUAAAUUUAAGGUUUUUGAUCAGUACGCAUGCGGCCUAGCUUCAGGACUUGUUUACGUCUUCAGUGCAUACCUUAGUGACAAGUCUCGACCAGUGACUCAGUAUGAGUUAGCAUUGACUCCUGUUCAGUGCUUUAUUUCUUUUAGGACAUGAAAUGUAUGAAAUAGAACUUCUUUCGACAACAGUUGCCACAAAUUGUUCAGGUGAUUUUGAGGCAAAUAAACAUAAGAAUAUGUUUAAUACAAUGACUGAUGUGAACUUUAUCCGAGGACUUAUUCACAAGUAAUCACACUUUUAGGUUACUUUUAACCUUGUUAAAGUCUUAAAGCCAAUUAACAUAUCUUUUAUUGAUAUGUCGUUCAUCUAAAUGAUUCUUUUCUUGACUAAAUUGGACUGCAUUUCCGUGGCUAUUUCGAUUAACCUGAAGUCAGUAAAGUUUUCUUUUCUACCAUUACAUUGCUACUUAUUAUUUGUCGCCGGAUUCUUUUUUUCAGUAAUGUUCUAGGCUUUUUAUUUCAAUGUUUCGUUUUAACUCAAAUAACAAAGCGCUAAAUAUCUUAACGUUUCAGUCCUGAACUCAACCCAUUCCUAAAUUAGGGAUUGAAAUAAUAUUGCAUACAUUUAUAAUGAAUCCCGUGACAGUUCGAAAAAGCCGAUACAAUUUAAACUCAAGUUUAUUGGUGAACUUUGUUUGUCAUUGAAAAAAAAAUUAGCCUGUUUAAGUCCCAGUUCAACAUCUUCUCGAAGUUUUAUUUGCAAUGUUCCUCGGUUAAAAAUAAAAUUGGGGGCAAAGUCGUAAGAUAACUUCCUUUCUAAUGAAUUAUCCUGGUUUUAUCUGAUUUAACUGAAUAGUUUUAGGACACUGGGUCAUUCGAAUUUGUGACGGAUAUCAACACACAAGAAUAAGAUUGGCCGUAAACAUAGUGAUUAAUACAAAUGUGUCUUGCAAGAAACAGAAGGACACUAAUAAAACAGAAAUGUGUAUAAUACAAGGUAGCAACUCAUCAUUCAAUUUAAUUAAAGUAUCGAAUAAAUUUGCCAUUAUAUUAGCAUCGACAUUGACUUUAAUUUGGAUUGUAUAUUUUAUACGCGCGCUAAUUCCUCUAGAUCUUAUUCGAAAGACAAAACAAUUCUAAAAGGUUUAACCAUAAGCCCAAAAUGUCAAUUAUGUUGAUUUGUGUCGAUUAUGAUCUAGGCAUUUUAACUCCGCAAUAUAUGGCUUAGUUCCAAACUUUAACACGAUAUAAUUACUUUUUGUAGAAAAUGUAAAAUUGGAAAAGUUGCAGGUGCAUGGGAACGAAUAUUAUAUAUUGGCCAUGAAAACUCCGGUUCCUUUUUAAAAACAAGAUUCAUUUUAUAGGCGUAGUCUGGCGUUUGUAAUGGCGUUCUUAUAUCCAACUGAGCGCACUUCGCUUAACUUAUCAACAGACCCAGUUUCUGCAGGCAUUUUAAAGAAUCCUUCAUACUCCGGGUUCAGUCAUCAAACAGAUGCGUCUCCCGCACCCAUGUGCUUGCCGCAAGGUAUUCGGCUUGUGAACAAGGGACACCAAGUUGCUGUGGUAUGUUCUCGUUCUUUUAUCGCCAAGGGAACGCGUUUUGGACCUUACCAAGGGAGAGUUGUUCGGCCUUCCCAAGUAAAAGAAGGCCAAAAUAAUGAAUUCCUGUGGGAGGUGAGACUAGUUAAGGAGGCAAUUUGUCUUGCUGAAAUGAUUAAUUCUUAGAGAUUCUCUAGAGAUAGAGAAACAACCUCUAACAUUUGUUAAUAUUGAAGUUUUGCUUUUUGUGCCAGUAAUCGGGCACGAAAUCCUUGUAAACCAGUAGAAAAGUUUCUUGUCACGUUUUCCUAUUCCGAAACGAUUUCACGGAUUGAUAUUCUUUAAGGCUGUUUAUCACUUGUAAUCGGAAUACACGUACUUAAAUUCAAAAGGAUAAAAAAAAUUAUACGAUUAGCAAUGCUAUGUUUAGUAACUAUAUUUGCGUUUCCUCUUGGGUUAUUUCGUGCUAAGGUAAAAUUUGGAUCAAGUAGGAAAACCUUUGGGCCAAAUUACUUCAAUUUUUUUACUGCAUUUAAUAUAUCUGGAGCUAACACUAGCCAAUUGAUGCCAAAGUAAAGUGUGAGAGACAUGAAACAAACAGAACACUUUAUAUUGGAAAAACGUGAAAUAUAGUAAAAACAGGAGACAAAAGAAGGUAAAACUGUGUUUGCUCUCCAUUUUCAUUAAUACAGAUUUUUAAAGAAGAUGGAUGCCUGGCUUAUUAUAUUGAUGGCCAAAGAGAGGCACAGAACUGGAUGAAACUUGUUAAGUGUGCACGAAACAGUGAAGAGCAAAACCUUGUUUUGGUUCAAGAUGGCGACCAGCUGUUUUACGAGUCAUGUCGCGAUAUUUUACAUGGAGAAGAACUGUUGGUUUGGUAUGGGAACAACUAUCACAUGUUUAUGGGAAUUCCAACAGGAAUAAAGACUUUCCCGAAAAAGGAAAUAAACAACGAAGCUCUGCAAGGUGAGGGGGAGUUGUUUUUAGUUUGAACUCCAGUAAUAAUUAUGUAGAAAGGCGAACUAAGUACGGUUAAAAAAAUUUGAAGGACCCAUGACGGAAUAGUCGAAUAUGACGUUAUUGACUUUCUCAAAAACACUGACCGCGCCGUACCUCCAAAAUAUAAUCAGUUUUCUCUAUAUAUUGAUACGUGUAACAAACUUAUAUAUUGGGUGCAAAAGGGAGAGGAAGUCUAUGCUAAUUGAAGAGUAUCUCGGAUAUGUCACGAUCUUGAAUACUUUCAGACGUAAAAUAGAGCUGGGAAUUUUUGAAGAUUUAAUACGGAGUUUUAAUGUUCUCCAUCUUGUUUGGUCGCUAUUAUCUCUCUAUUCGCUCUAAAAUGAGAUAAAGGGAAUGAGGAUCCAAGUGAAUAAGCGAGCGUGCCGUAUACCUUAGGGAUUCGUUCAUGGAAUUUAAUCCUUCGCGUGUGUUUCGCAGAUUAAUUUUCCUUUUUUGCAGUUGAGUUUGAACUUUGCCAACUUUCUGCACAGAACUUCUAGAUGCGCGCACAACCCGGCACGUGGUAUUAAAAUUAACUGCAGUUAGUUUCAUUGAUAGUAAAUUAAUCACGUUUUUUUACAUUCCACCAUAGGUCUGUUUGGAAGUUUUUCCUGUGAGCGGUGCGGUAAGGUAUUUGCCUACAAAUAUUACCGUGACCGUCACCUUAAAUACACGCGCUGUGUUGAUCAAGGAGACCGAAAAUUCCCCUGCAGCAUGUGUGACCGAUCAUUUGACAAGCGUGAUCGUCUUCGCAUUCACGUUUUGCAUGUACAUGAGAAGCAUCGUCCUCAUCAAUGUACAGUGUGCGGCAAACGUUUCUCACAGUCAUCCAGCCUCAACAAACAUAUGAGAGUUCAUAGUGGUGAGAGACCUUACAAGUGUCCACACUGUAUCAAGGCUUUCACGGCUUCUUCUAUUCUGCGCACACACAUCCGUCAGCAUAGCGGUGAGAAACCCUUCAAGUGUAGGCACUGCGGACGAGCCUUUGCCUCACACGCGGCUCAUGACAGUCACGUGCGUCGAACUCACACUAAAGAGAAACCUUGCGUGUGUGAGUAUUGUGGAAAAGCAUUCGCGCAGUCGUACGAACUGAAGUUCCACAUUAACAUGCACACUGGAGCCAAGCCCUACACCUGCGAAAAAUGUGGCAGAGCGUUUUCAAGUCCAUCGUCACGUGAUCGUCAUCGUGCCAAUUUUGACUGCAUUACGAGAAAAAAUCGUGCACCUAAGGUUAUGCGAAAGACAUUAAUAAACAUCUGA